GGCUGCAGAGCAGGGAGCCGUGAGUGACUGGCUGACUGGAGACACUGCUAUCUACCCUGUGUGCAUCCUUCACCAUAACCAGUGCUUGUUAUCUCCAGCCUGGUACCAGCUCUUCCCUGUUAAGGACCUGAAGCUACCUCACAGUCCUUCUGUGUAUAGGUGAACUCCCCUCCUUGCAUUGGAUAUAACAUCUGCAUGCUGAGAAUCUGCCUCUCCUCACUGUCUUAGUAGAGUAAUACCUGGUCGCUGCCUGCAAUGAAAGCUGUGAGCCCCGUGCGUCCCCACAGCCGGAGAGCCCCAGUGGCGGGGGGCGUGUGUGGGGAGCUGGCACUGCACUGCCUCUCUGAACACAGCCUUGGUGUAGCUCGCUACAAGAUGGAAGAAGAGGAGUCCUUGUGUCUGCAAUAUGACAUGAAUGACUGUUACAGCCGCCUUAAAAGGUUGGUUCCUACCAUCCCCCAGAACAAGAAAGUCAGCAAAGUGGAGAUCCUGCAGCACGUUAUAGACUACAUACUGGACCUGCAGUUGGCACUGGACACACACCCUGCCCUGCUUAGGCAGCAGGCACCUGCCAGGACCCCUCUGACAGACCUUAAUACAGACCCGACUGCGUCAAUGGUGAACAAGGAAGGGGACAGUAUACUAUGUCGCUAGUGUGCCUUUAAGGUGUGCAGCAGGCAAAUCCGGAGCCAGGAGGAGCACAGAGAAAGAGAGAGACAAAUUAGAGAAUAAGGGAGGGAAAUGAAAAACAGUCACCAGACAAAAGAGGGGAAAAAAAAACAUCCUUCACUUCACUUUUCCACACUACACGGAGAAUCUAAUCCUUCACCAUGUGUCCACCUUGUAUCAUCAGACAUGCACUGUGGAAGUCCCUGACCUGAUGGCAUAGGGGUACUGCUUAGAGAGAAUACACUAUCAAAUGAAGAACUGAAUAUGAAGCUUUACUAAUAUACAAGAGUAUUGUAGAUAUUAUGUCCUUACAUCUAUUGUUUAAAAUAGAUGAUUUUAUCUCUCCGGGGAAUUUUCUUCUCCCUGCAGGAAUGUUACAUAUUGUAUAGAAGAAAACAUGAGUGACAUUUCAUACUGUAUAUAUAGAGAUGUUCUAUAAGUGUAAGUGAUACAAAAGUAUAUGCUUUAAUAGACUACUGUAAUUAUGAAGUAUUUUUAAUUAAAUAUUUUGUGUAAAUAUGAAUGUGUCUUUUUUCGUUUCAUCCAGAGGGAUUGGAUUUUUAUCUGUCACAAGAAUAAAAUUAAUGAAUAACUAAAGAGACAUGAAAAGAUGAACCUGUAACUUCCCACUAUCUUGAAUCAGACCAUAAUUGACUUGCACGUUUGCAUGGAAUGUAUUCCUUACUUCAGUCUAGAAUGCAAUACUAAACUGCAUCCUAAAGUUUGAUUCAUUCAUGUCAAGCUGUUCCAAAGCUUUUAUUUGGCCUUAUGUGGAGUGUAUAGGAAAUUCUCUUAUCACCUCUGCACUCGAUUACAGCCAAUUUUUCCAAAGGGUGGGAAGACAAAAAUAUUGAAUGAUCACGUUUUCAUGUCCUCCUGAAAUUUGCUAUUCACUGAAUAUAGAUUGUUAAAAGUGAUUUUGGUUUUUUUAGUUAGUUUUUUCUUCUGCUUUAAUAUAUUGUCAGUGUUACAAAAAGAACUCCAAUGAUUACUGAAAUGUGUUAUCUCUUUAGCAAACACUUAGUUGUGUCACUUUCUAAGCCCCUUGACCUCUACCCACCUUCCAGAAUAUAACGGAUUAUGUAAAACAUGCUGUCAUUGUCUAGCUGUCAAAAAAAAUACUGUUGCAUCCCAUUUGUGAUAAAAUUGGCCAUAACUGGCUAUGGUUAGCAAUGGGUCCCUGCAAAGAAACAGACAAUAAACAGCACUGUUUUGUCAGAGAAGAAUUCGCAUUAAAAUGACUAUAUAUGUGCACAAUGCGUGGAAUUUGGCAUUCAUAUGGGUACUCAGUGCAAAUUGAAUAAAAUCUGACUCCUUGCUAUACAUAAUCCCAUUAGUCUCUAAGGCAGAUUCUACUUCCUUGUUCAUUCCUUGGUUUGCAUGUAUUCAAUUAGCUUAUGAAUAUGGCCAAUUAUGGUCAUUUAGUCCCACUGUUUCUGCUCUAUUUCCACAGAAGCAGUCUCUGGUUUAAAUCCAUCGCAGGGGGUUAAAUCCAAAUUUCAGAGCCGUAUUCCACGUAAACAUUGGUGCUAUUCUUUUUCUAACUGGGGUUUUAUAAAGGGCAAAAAAGCAUUUCUUUCCCUUCCUUUGUGUGGAUUUUCUCAGUGGACCCUGUGCUAGGUAAGCAGACAGUUCAUUGCUUGCAACCAAAGGAAACCUUUCUGUAUUCUAUAUAACUGUAUCUAUACUGUUUCAGCUGAUGGAGGGAGACAAGCAGCAACCUUCAAUACCAGUAAUGUGCUUGGUUCUCCUGCAGUUUUUACUGUAAUCUCAUAUGUAUUUUUACACAUGAGUAUUAAAACAUUUUCUACGUGUCUCAGCCUUGUCUUUCUUAUCUGUGUAUUAAUCUUACUUACAGAGUAUUUUAUUGUUAUGUCAUGUUUUGCUUUGUUUUGGACACUUAAAGGAAUUGUAGACAAAUAAUCUGUUAACCAAAAUUCUAAUUCCUAACAUGUUUUUUUUUUCUUUUCACUGAUGUCCUUUAAAUUAACUCUUUAAUAAAGGAAUGCCUUUCACAUUC